AUGACAAAUAUUACGAGUCCUAUCGAUAUUGGGAGAUGUUCGUUGAAGCAUCGCGUCGUCAUGGCGCCGAUGACGCGCUUGAGGGCUGAUGAAAAUCACGCACCGUUGGAUAUGAUGAGGGAGUAUUAUGUUCAGAGAGCUUCAGUUCCUGGUACACUACUCAUUACUGAAGCGACGUUUGUUUCGGUGAAAUCGCGAGGACGUGAUGAGAAUGCUCCGGGAAUAUUUACCGAGGAGCAGGUCGAAGCUUGGAGACGUGUGACAGAUGAGGUUCAUAAGAAAGAAUCGUUCAUCUUCAUGCAGCUAUGGCAUGUCGGCAGAGCAGCUCGCCAACACGCCUUGGACAAGGCUGGCCUGGAAAUGGUCAGCAGCAGCGACAUCCCAAUCAGCGAAGAAUAUCCGACACCCAAACCCAUGACGACAGAAGAGAUCUGGGAGUGCAUCGCGUCUUUCGCCAGCGCUGCCAGAAAUGCUAUCGACGCGGGCUUUGACGGAGUCGAGAUUCAUGCUGCAAAUGGAUACCUGAUCGACCAAUUCACGCAAGAUACGUGUAACAGACGAGCAGAUGACUGGGGAGGAAGUAUUGAGAAUCGGUCACGGUUCUGUCUUGAGAUCGCGAAAGCUGUUUCACAAAGAGUAGGUCCGGAUCGAACAGCUAUUCGGCUGUCACCUUUCAGCACGUUCCAGGGCAUGCGAAUGCAGGACCCCGAACCGCAGUUCACCCAUCUGAUCUCCGAGUUGAGACAUCUGGGGCUCGCGUACCUACAUCUCGUUGAGCCUCGGAUUUCCGGGAACGUGGACAGGGAGACCGAUGACAAGGAAAGCCUUGACUUUACGCUUGACGCAUGGGGUUGGGUUGGACCAGUCAUUCUAGCUGGAGGUUACACCGCAGAGAAGGCAAACAAAGCUUUGGAAACAAGUUUUAAAGACCAGCCUGUUGCGUUUGCGUUUGGGAGACACUUCAUAUCUAAUCCGGACUUGCCGCUCAGACUCGCGAGGAAUACUCCCCUGGCGCCGUAUCAAAGGGAUACUUUUUACAAGGUAAAGAGCGCGGAUGGGUACACGGAUUAUCCUUUCAGCGAAGAAUGGAAGGGGGAACAAACAGUAGAGAAAACAGCGGUUUAG